CAACCCCCACCCGUGCCCCGCCCCCUUCUCACCUACCUGCCACAAUGCCACAUCUCCCCCGUACGUCGCCCAACUCGCUUUCGCACGGCCGCGUCACUGUUCUCUCUGCCUCGUGGGCACUGGGCAGCAGGCGCCAAUCUGGCCGAGCUGAUCGAGAGCCCGAGGCGACGUGUACUGGCGCACCAACCCAACCGGCAACCGCGACAGGGCCGGCGGGCCGGCAGCAAGCCCCGACUCCCUCGGGCUCUCCGGCCGUCGCGGCCGACGCUUCGCCUCGCUGCGAUUCGGCGGCCAAACCCACCCGAAUUCGCGUCGAUCCGAGCUCGUUUCGGCCAAAAGAAAAGCCACCGGGUUAUGUAGCCUGCCUCGUUUUCGGCGAGAGAGGAAGAGGCGGAGGAGAUCAGGGCAAUGGGCGGGGCGGAGGCGCUGGGCCAGCCGGACGGCCAUGCGAACGGGGCCGUGGUGGAGGAGAAGCUGGACUUGCUGCGGCGGCAGCUGGGGAAGGCGGACGGCGACCCGCUCCGGAUCGUCGGCGUCGGGGCGGGCGCCUGGGGCAGCGUCUUCUGCGCGCUGCUGCAGGACGCGUACGGCCACCUCCGCGACAAGGCGCAGGUCCGCAUCUGGCGCCGCCCGGGCCGCGCCGUCGACCGCGCCACCGCCGAGCACCUCUUCGACGUCAUCAACGCGCGCGAGGACGUCCUGCGCCGCCUGAUCCGCCGCUGCGCCUACCUCAAGUACGUCGAGGCGCGCCUCGGCGACCGCACGCUCUACGCCGACGAGAUACUCAGGGACGGCUUCUGCCUCAACAUGAUCGACACGCCGCUCUGCCCGCUCAAGGUCGUCACCAACCUGCAGGAGGCCGUCUGGGACGCUGACAUUGUCGUCAACGGCCUGCCUUCCACCGACACCAGGGAGGUGUUCGGGGAGAUCAGGAGGUACUGGAAGGAGAGGAUUACUGCCCCCAUCAUCAUCUCCCUCGCCAAAGGAAUUGAGGCCUCGCUGGAUCCACUCCCACGGAUCAUAACUCCCACGCAGAUGAUUAGCAAUGCAACUGGAGUUCCAUCAGAGAAUAUUCUUUAUCUUGGCGGACCUAAUAUUGCUUCUGAAAUUUACAACAAAGAAUAUGCAAAUGCACGUAUUUGUGGAGCUGACAAAUGGAGAAAGCCCCUUGCAAAGUUUUUGAGGCAGCCUCAUUUUAUUGUGUGGGAUAACAGUGAUCUCAUCACUCAUGAAGUCAUGGGUGGCUUAAAAAAUGUCUAUGCUAUUGGUGCUGGUAUGGUAGCUGCACUAACCAACGAGAGUGCAACCAGCAAAUCUGUUUACUUUGCACUUUGCACAUCUGAGAUGAUCUACAUCACACACCUUCUGGAAGAAGAACCUGAAAAACUUGCUGGACCCUUAUUAGCUGACACUUAUGUCACAUUGUUGAAAGGUCGUAAUGCAUGGUAUGGGCAGAAGUUAGCUAAAGGUGAAUUGACAUUAGAAAUGGGUGACAGUAUUAAAGGAAAAGGGACCAUUCAGGGUGUCUCUGCAGUUGAUGCGUUUUAUGAGCUUCUUAGUCAGGAUAGCUUAAGUGUCAUGCAUCCAGAAGCCAACAGAUCUGUUGCGCCGGUUGAGAUGUGCCCGAUCCUAAAAGCACUACAUAGGAUUCUGAUCACGAGGGACCGUCCUGCUGAUUCGAUUCUUCAGGCUAUAAGAGAUGAGACAAUGUAUGAUCCACGCGAAAGAAUUGAGAUGGCACAAGGCCAUUCACUCUACCGACCAUCUCUUCUUGGUCAACCAAAAGGAGACGUGAAAACCUAGAAGUCAUUUUCUUUCCCUUUCCUUUGUUGGCUAGGACUUGGAGCAUCUUCUAAGUUGCUGUAUGUUUAUGCACGGUGUGCUUGUUGUUGUAACUUGUAACAUUAGUGGAAUCUGAGAACAUAUUUAUUUAGCUUGUUCAAUAUUAGUAGUCA